GUUCACUCAGCGAGUCGAACACCAAAUCCUCGAGCCUCCGUGAAAAAUUCAGAGAAGAAGGAAAGAAGAAAGCGUCGAUUUCAUAGAAAUGGCGGACCCGGCGCUCUACCACGAGACCCAACCCAUAAACCAGAACGUUGUCGACUACACGCCCGAGGCGUGCACCCACUGCCCGGAAACCAAUUCCAUCACCUUGACUUAUUACCACCGUGGCGACGCUCGUUGGCGGAGCACCAACCGUUUCCUCUACUGUUUAUGUCACCUAGCUUUAAUUUAUUCCUUGCUUUGUUUUCAAAGAAUGAUUCCCGUCAUGUCCAAUCCAUCUGGGCUGAUCCUUCUUUUUAUGUCCACCAUAAUGCAGAUCUCUUCUCUGGAAGGAAACAAAUCCCAGGACGAGGUCGACUUCGAGUUCGUCGGAAAGGACGAGACCGUCGUCCAGACCAACUACUACACCGCAGGGAGCGGCAACAGAGAGCAGAUCCACGACCUAGGGUUCGAUUGCUCGGAUUGGUUUCACGAGUAUAUCAUGAAGUGACCCCAACAACCAAACUAGCUCCCAAUUCCCAUCCCUAGCUCCACCCGCCGCCGACGCCGUCCCCGCCGCUCCACGACCAUAAUCACCUAUAGACAGUCAGCUCCCUUUCAAUUUGUAAUUAUAAUAAUAUUUUUAUUUUUUA